GUGCCAGCGGCGCUACUUGGUAAUCAUCCACCAUGUUCUCUGGCGUUCUAUGAAUCUCUGCUUAUAACGAUCACGUCGAGCGAAUUCUUGUUUGCUUAAUCAUUAUCUGUGCUAAGGGCCAUGUCGGAGGGUCUUCCUCUACUCAGUGGUCCUCCACCUACACCAGGACGAGCUGAGAGCUCAUGCAGGAAAUGCAAUAAAGAGUUCAAUAUUAUCUUUACUCGCUCUCGGCAGUGCAAUCAUUGCGGAUAUUCGUAUUGCCACAGCUGUACCGAUUAUCAGGCUCUUAUGCCUCGUGCCAAUUCCAGUGGCUAUGAAGCCCUAAAUGUGUGCGCUUACUGUAUUGAGUUCUUACAAAUGACUGCGGCAUCAAAGGGAGCUCUCAGAAACCAUUCGCUGGCAAAACUGAGAAAGUACGCCCAUGCGUACAAUAUAAGAUUGGAUCAUGCAGUUGAAAAGGAUGACGUUAUUGAGACUAUCCUCGCAGCAAGACGUCCAAAUGGUUGCCUAAGUCCUAAUCACGAGGAAUAUUAUCGACAAUAUUCAGUUCCGGAUAGAUAUGGACGCCCCCGAGGACUUUUCUCGCGAACAGGACCAGGUACAGGACCUAUCCCACCACCACCCCCGCCUCGGCGGCCAGCUAAUCGACAGCCGACUUACGAAUUUCCUCGACCAGAUCUUGCUCCUGAUGACCCACCACCGCGGGACCGUCCGACACCGCCACGCCCUCGAGCUCCCACGACACCACCACCACGUCAGGCUCCAACAACGCCACCGCGUCAGGCCCCUACGACACCGCCCCGUCCAAAUCCUACUCGUCAGAGUCCCCCACAGGCACAGGCACCGCGUCAGACUCCUCCCCGCCAGCAACAUCAGCAACCUAGGGCGUCUCGAUCAUCAGAGAACCUCAAUGUACCCCGAACUCCUCCCCGAGCUCGUACAACAUCUACCUCACCUCCUCCCACUCUCAACCAACUCGUUGAAAUGACCCCGGCAAGCAUAUCAGCGUUAUCGAUAGGCUCCCUCAAAGCGAUACUUUUCAGCAAUCACGUCAACGUCGGAAUCAUCCUUGAGAAAAGCGAUCUUGUCUCGAAAGUGACAGCACUCGUUGAGGACGAGAAACGAGAUCGAGAAAGACAGAGGUUGGCAGAGGAGCAGGAAGAGCAGGAAAGGAUUCGGAGACAGAGGGAGAUACUGGAAGAGAUUGAGAGAGCGAGGCAAGCUGAGGCUCAGCAGAACUCAGAGGCUGAUGAUACCCCAGUUUCUCCUUCACCACCGGUUACGCCUCCAAAGCCACCCGCACCAUCGAGUUUUACCGAACGAGGCGGCCUGUGCGUCGUAUGUCAGGAUGAGGAAGCGAAUAUUGCUAUAGUUGAUUGCGGGCACCUUGCGAUGUGUAGAGAAUGUUCCGAUUUGAUUAUGGCUGGUUCUCGUGAAUGUCCCUUAUGCCGUACUAGGAUCAUCACAGAGGCGCGGCUACUUCGGAUAUUCAAGACCUGAUUUUUUAUGUGCUAUGACUUAAGAUUUGUAAGA